AGAUCGCGACUCAGGUCAUGAAAGUUGAAACUUCAUUUUAAGUUUUUUUUUGUUCCCUGAAAAAAUUAUACUAGACAAGAAGGAAAAAAGAGAAAAGUUAGUGAAAGAAUAUUUUAAUUGCGGAAAAAAUAGUAUUUUUCAGUUUGAAAAGUCGCCAAAUUAAAGACAAAUAAGUGUAAUCUAUUUUUAGUGCGUUUAUCAGAGGUAUUUCACCCCUUACAAGAAAAUAAAACCAGACAAGAUGACGUGGGAACCGCAAGCAGAAGGUUUACAGCAAAUAAUUACAAUCCUUAAGCAGUCUCAGUCUCCGGACACAGCCACUCAAAUGGCCGUCCAACUGAAACUGGAGGAAUUAAAUCAGUAUCCCGAUUUCAACAAUUAUCUUAUUUAUGUACUGACUAAACUUAAAACCGAAGAGGAGCCAACACGCUCCUUAAGCGGUCUAAUUUUGAAAAAUAAUAUACGAAUGCAUGGAAAUAACUUACAGCCUGAAAUUGUCGAAUAUAUUAAGCAUGAAUGUUUACAAGCUAUUGGCGAUCCCUCGCCGCUAAUACGUGCUACUGUUGGUAUAUUAAUAACGACAAUCGCCAGCAAUGGCGGUCUGCAAAAUUGGCCACAAUUACUACCCUCCUUAUGCGACAUGCUGGACUCGCAAGAUUACAAUGUAUGUGAAGGAGCUUUCAGUGCGUUACAGAAAAUAUGCGAAGACUCCGCCGAAAUACUUGAUUCCGCAGCACUCAAUCGACCAUUAAACGUUAUGAUACCGAAAUUCCUGCAAUAUUUCAGUCACAAUAGCCCAAAGAUACGUUCACAUGCCAUAGCUUGUAUAAAUCAAUUUAUUGUAAAUCGAUCACAAGCUUUGAUGCUACACAUAGACACGUUCAUUGAAAGUUUAUUCAAUCUAUCUUCUGAUGAGGAUCACGAGGUAAGAAAGAAUGUAUGCCAUGGCUUGGUUAUGUUGUUGGAAGUGCGCAUGGAUCGUUUGUUGCCGCAUAUGCCACAAAUUAUUGAGUAUAUGUUAAUACGUACUCAAGACCCAGAUGAAGGUGUCGCUCUAGAAGCUUCGGAAUUCUGGUUAUCACUUGCUGAACAGAAUAUUUGCAAGGAAGUUUUGGCGCCAUAUUUGGGACAAUUGGCACCGGUGUUAGUACGCGGAAUGCGUUAUUCCGAAAUCGAUAUCAUACUCUUAAAAGGAAAUGUUGAAGAGGAUGAUAUGGUGCCGGAUCGUGAAGAAGACAUACGCCCGAGAUUCCACAAAUCUCGUACACAUACAAUCAAAUCUGGCGAAGUGGGUGUUGAUGAUGAUGAUGAAGACGAUGUGCUAGAUGACGACAGUUCCCUCUCUGAAUGGAAUUUACGCAAAUGUAGUGCAGCCGCACUGGACGUACUAGCAAAUGUCUUCCGCGAAGAAUGUCUACCCAUUGUUUUGCCUAUCCUCAAGGAUACAUUAUUCCAUCAGGAAUGGGUUAUCAAGGAGAGUGGUGUUUUGGCAUUGGGUGCAAUUGCCGAAGGUUGCAUGCAAGGCAUGAUACCGCAUCUGCCCGAACUGAUACCCUACUUGAUCAGUUGUUUGUCAGAUAAAAAAGCGCUAGUUCGUUCCAUCACUUGUUGGACAUUAUCACGCUAUGCUAAUUGGGUUGUAAAUCAGCCACAUGAUCAAUAUUUGAAACCCUUAAUGGAGGAAUUGCUUAAGCGUAUAUUAGAUUCCAAUAAGCGUGUACAAGAGGCAGCCUGCUCAGCAUUCGCCACACUUGAAGAGGAGGCCUGCACUGAAUUGGUGCCAUAUUUAGAGUAUAUAUUGAAAACGCUGGUGUUCGCCUUUUCGAAAUAUCAACAUAAAAACUUGCUUAUUCUCUACGAUGCAGUUGGCACGCUAGCCGACUCUGUGGGCCAUCAUCUGAAUAAACCGCAAUACAUUGACAUUUUAAUGCCACCAUUAAUAGAGAAGUGGAACCUGCUCAAGGAUGAUGAUAAGGAUCUAUUUCCGCUAUUGGAGUGUUUGUCGAGUAUCGCAACCGCAUUACAAUCCGGUUUCUUACCUUAUUGCGAUCCAGUUUACCAACGCUGCAUAUCUUUGAUAGAACAAACACUGAAUCAGGAUAUGGCUUGCAAGACAAAUCCUGGUUUCGAGCAUCCAGAUAAGGAGCGCAUGAUUGUUGCAUUAGAUUUGCUGUCCGGACUGGCUGAGGGUUUGGAUGGUCACAUUGAAUCCUUAGUCGUCAAAAGCAAUAUAAUGCAGUUACUCUAUCAAUGUAUGCAAGAUGUGCUGCCAGAGGUGCGACAAUCAUCGUUUGCUUUGUUGGGCGACUUAACUAAAGCCUGUUUUCAGCAUGUGCAUCCAUUCAUGUCGGAAUUCUUUCCGAUUUUGGGUCAAAAUCUAAAUCCUGAUUACAUUUCUGUAUGUAAUAAUGCCACCUGGGCAAUUGGUGAAAUCUGCAUGAAACUAGGUGAAGAAACUCGACAGUACAUACAUCUCGUACUCAACGAACUGUUCGUGAUUAUAAAUAGACCAAAUACACCAAAAACGCUACUGGAAAAUACAGCAAUAACAAUCGGUCGUCUAGGUUAUGUGUGCCCAGUUGAAGUGGCUCCUUAUUUGCCAGAAUUUGUACGACAGUGGUGUACAUCUCUGCGUCAUAUAAGAGAUAACGAUGAGAAGGACUCGGCCUUUCGUGGAAUGUGUCACAUGAUUACCGUAAAUCCUGGUGGCGUUGUGCCAGAUUUUAUAUUCUUCUGCGAUGCAGUGGCUUCAUGGGUGAAUCCGCCACAGGACUUGCAUCAAAUGAUACAGAAGAUCUUACAUGGCUUCAAAACCCAGGUGGGUGAAGAAAAUUGGCGUCGUUUCGUCGAUCAAUUCCCACCAAAUCUAUCGGAGCGUCUCGGCGCUAUGUACAACAUUUAAAGCGAAUGUAUACCGUACAUUGGGGGAAUCAGCUUGAAAAUGAAGCAGGGGUAGAAAACAUAAAAGCUACCGAAAUGGUACAAAAACAAAAGGGUAGCCAAACAAUUAAUCGGAAACUGGGGACAAAGUCAGUAAAGAUGAAAAUGGGUGAAAAAAAACUACAAUCGAAAUGGAAACGGAAACGGCUUACUGGUUACAAAACAGCAUUGCCUACUGUAUCGCCGGGCAAACAGUAAGGAAAAAGGAUAAUUUACAAAAGCAGCGUUUGCUUGUUAUGCAGCAACAAUAUAGAUCUAUAAAAUUUUUGUCAGUCGUAAGUCCUCUUUCUCUUAUAUAUAUAUAUAUGUACAUAUAUGUGGAAGUUGCGAUAUUGAGGUACUAUUUUAAGAGUACACAAAUCCUUUUAUUAUAACUAUAUGUUGCUAACAAACAUUACGCAAAAAAAAAACAUAUAAUAAUAACAAAUAUUUCAACAAUAAAUACGUUCGUUUGAGAUCGUAAAAUGAAGCGAAGCAGCAAGUGUGAGAGGUUUAAGCUUGAAGAAAAGCUAAAAAACAUUAAUAGGCAAAAAUGUUGCAAUCAAAACUUUUCUCCCUCAACUUUCAACACAAAUCUCAUACAUUCAAACUAAUCACAGCUAAUAACAUAAACAUAUAUAAUUAUAUAUUUGUGAGCAUAAAUAACUAAAAUUUAUUAACAUAAGCAUAAAAUAUAACUCGUAUAUAAAUAUAUACAUACUUACAUACAUAUAUUAAAUACAUAAAACAAAAAAAAAUUAAGUACGUCCUUACUAAAACCUUUGCAUCCAACGCAAACAUUGAAACGUGCUUAAAAGCACUAAAUUGUCAUAAAAACAAAAUGGAAUUCAAUGUUAAAAGUUGUGUGGAAAUUAAUUUAAUUUUAUUUUUUUUUUUAUUUUUUAACGUAUGUACUUGAUUAUUAUUCUAUGAAACUUAACAAUAGGCACAAACUAUUUAGUAAUACGCGCUAAAAUUUACUAAACCAUAUUAAUUAUUAAUAUUAUUAUUUUGUAUUUUUUUUUUAAUUUUUUUUUUAUUUCACCAAGUAGUAGGAUUUUCGUAGCUUAAAAUCUUUGAAAAUUGUAGGGAAAAUAAUUUAUUUAUUGAUAUUUCGGUCUAUUAUUUGAUCGACUUGAAAAAUACGUAUAUAAAAUAAUAAUAAUAAAACAAAAACAACAUCCGUUCGUUGUUUGUUCGGGUCAUCGUGUCGUCGCGUCGCGUCGCGUAUACAAAACACUGUCGUGAUAUACUUAAUUAUUAUAUAAUUACUAAAUAACGUGCUGAAUGAAAGAGUAAAGUCAUUUGUGAAAAUUGCAAGCGAAAUAUACAUUACAUACAUACAUUGUGUUGAAAUAGCGCAGAAAAGUUUAGAUUAAAUUUUUUUUAUUAUUGACCAUAACAGAAGACUGAAAAUUAACAUAUAUUCACACUAAAGACAUUGUUUAAUGCAUUUAUGUUUUUUUUUAUAUAUGAGGUCUACAACUUUGCUUCCGCCGUUUUUUUGUAAAGCUUUUUUUUUAAUUUUUUUAAUUUUUAAAUUUCCCGCAAAUGUCGAGAAUUCGACUCAAAAGGUGUCAUUUUCAGUUGAGAAUAAGUUUGGGAAGCAAACAGAUCUCUACAAAUAUUUUGUUGGGUUAAUGUUGACACAAAUGUCCAAGAUCGAUAUAAAACAAUUUAAUCGAUUUAAUCGACCAGUGCUUGACCCUAGGGACAUUCCCGCAAAUGUCGAGAAUUCGGCUCAAAAAGUGACAGUUUCACUUGAGAAUAACUUUGUAAUGCAAACAGAUCUCUACAAACAUUUUGUUGGGUUAAUGUUGACACAAAUGUCCAAGAUCGAUAUAAAAAAAAUCGAUUUAAUCGACCAGUGCUUGACCCUAGGGACAUCUUUUAUUUAAAACGGCGGAAGCAAAGUUGUAGACCUAAUAUUUUUUUUUUUAACUAUUAAACUUAACAACAUAAGAAGUAUUAUGCGCCAAAGGUAGUUGCGUUUUGUGAGGUUUUAGGUUACUUGUACUCAGAAUUGGUUUUAAAUAACAUAAGUUUUUUGAAGCAGUUUCUAUUCAUGGGUAAAUUGAAUGAGUGUUUCGAAAAUGUAUUUUCCAGAUUGCGGGAGGCUGUUCUUACAUAAAUGAUAUCAUUUUGAAAUUUAUUUUUAAAAAAUUUUAGUGAUGUCGUCCGCCAUAUAAGCGCUAAUAUUAUAUUUCUUAUGUUUUUGAGUUUAUAUAAAAUAAGAAAUUACAUUUACUGAAUUUGAGUUGAAUACUAAUGUAGCUUAAAGCAAGUUAAGUUUAUUUGUUUUUAACAUAUUUAUUUAAAAAAAUUCAUUUCUUUGAUUUAAAAAAACUUUAUUUAUGCUUAAAUAUGUAUAUGAAUUUAUUUCUUGCCUCCUAGCACAUUUUUCACACAUGCCUUUCACACUCUUUCAUUCGUAUUAGCAUAUUAGUCGCGCGCGUUUCGGGUUUUAUCGGUUUCGCGUUUCGCGUUUUAAUCGUCGUUCGUUCGUUAUAUAAUAUAUAGUUCGCUCGGUUAUUAAUACUUCGUCCAUGGUGUAUGCACGUGCAUAUGCCCAACUCGUCGUUGAUACGGUCGUAUAUCGGUUUUAGCGGUAAAUAAAAUGAAUAACAAAAAAAUCGGUUCUAUAAGACUUAACUAACGGUGCGCAUUCAAAUAAAAUAUACUUAUGUAAACAAUAGAAAUGUAUAACUUAAACAAAAAAAAAAAACACAAAACAAAA